AGGGAGGCAUAUAUUCAACUACAUUCUUUAGGGGAAGAUAGUAAUAAGUUUUAUGUGAUCAAAUGCACUACUGAGAUUUAAAUUAAAAACAUUGUAAGAUGAACAUUGUGCACAAUUUCGAUAUCACUUGAUUCAAAAUAAUGUAAAUGGAUUAAAGAAGAUACUUUACCAAAUCAUGAUGGCGCACGAGAUACAUUUAAAGAACAACAAAUACCGACAGUGGGUCAAGGCAGGCCUAGGCUUAGGUUACCUGAAAGAGGGACUAGCACCAUUUUGUGAUGACAUUGGAAAACAGCACCACAAAGAUAUUAUAAACCAAAUUCAAGUAACAAAGACGCCUAAACCAACUAUACCAUGUGGCGUCUGUCAGAUAUCUACUCUCCAGCCAGACCACGUCCGAAUCUCAAAAGGAAUAUGUCCACUCAAGCAAGAUAAAUGUAACUGUUGCUUUCCAAAUAAUAAAAAAAACAUGCCCAAACAACGUGUGUGGUGCCAUCUAUGAUAGCAUUAUACAGAAUCAUGCAUCAAUACCACCUGCACCUUUUUGGAAAAACAGCGAUCCCCAUGAUUGGUCCGUUGACCCAUGGAGUAUAUGUAAAUGUUUUAUAAAUGCUCCUGGGUACAAGGACAAGACGUCAGCAGUCGACAUGGACUGCACAGGGUUAUUACAUGUUAUCAUAAAUAACAAAUAUUUUCAUAAUCAUAUUGGAUGCAAUGUAACAGGACCAAAAAAUCUUUUUUCAAAGGUACGGCAGUACAGAAAUGAGAUUUUUCACUCCAGCAAUAUGGAGCUAGAGGAAAGGGUGGCAAACGCAUACAUUGAUGAUAUGAUAACAGUUUUACAGGAUGGAAAGGAGCUUCUACACCACCAAGCUGCUCAACAAGCUGUCGGGAAACUCCAAGAUUUAAAGAAUAAGGACUUCAUUGUUACUACGGAAGGCUUUCAAGAAAUGCUUAGACAAAUUAAAGAAGAAAUGUCAAAAAUUCUGAAAUCAACAGAAAAUGCUGCAACUGAUUUGAAAGAGGAAUAUGACGAGCUUAAAAAUAAAUUAACGGACAUUGAAAGACAGAUAUCCAAAGGAGAAGAGGAGAAACAAAGACUCAAGGAAGAAGAUUCUUCUAAACAAAGAGAACUAGAAUAUGAAAAAGCUAAAUCAGGUAUGCUUAUAUCUCCUCUCCUAAUGCAAAGCGGUCUCCGUCCGUGUGUGCUUCCGCAAUAGCAAAAACAGGCGAGGCGCCAUCAAAAUGUAAACAUAACAAAUGAGGAAAAAUGAUAGUUCGUUAUAAAACAAUAGAGUAAAAAGCCAAUGACACUCUUAAACAAAAAUAAUAACAAAGGAAAUAUACCAUUUUCCUUUUUCAAUCGCCUGUGUAUUUGUCCGUCCUAUUUGUUUUAGUAACAGUAACAUUUACAAUGACCCCAAUGAGUUUCAAAAGCAAUCCCAGCUGGGGUCUUGAUUGUAGGCUUGCUAUAUGCCAAGUUUGAUAUUUCAUUCCUACUUCUAAUUAAUGUCCGAAAUUAUUUUACAUUUGUUUUCGUAAUAAAUAGUGACCUUGACCAAGGGUGGACCAAAAGCAAUAUCAUGAUUAAUUUUGGGUUAUGGGGCUACACGUUUUUGCACGGAGAUGCCAAGACAACAAGGCAGCAAUCAUUGUUGACAAGCUAAAACAAACCAUUUCUAGCAAGACGUCUAUUAAGUCUGUAUGUUUAAUAAGCAUACAACAAUUAUGUAAUUAAUAUUUUUAACCAUCUGAAUCUCAUUUACCAAUAAGUCUGACACUUAAAUGUUUUUAAUUUUACUGCAAAAGUGCAUAUUACACUGGAUAAUAACGGGGCAUAAACAGUUUAUAUAAAUAUGUUUAUUAAUGGCUUGGAUAUUGUGGUUUAUUAUCACCAAUGCUACUCUGGGACAUGUGUUGCAGACUUUAGGAGAACAAAGAUACGAGACAACGCCCUCUUGUUUAUUUUGUAUCAUAGAUGUAACAUAGAACAGAUUUAGUGUUAAAUUAGCUUUAGCUAAUAAACAAUGUUAAUCACAUAUAUGUAUAUGUUAAUAAAACAUACAGAAGAACUAGAGGUCUAGUUAUAAGUGUGUUGUUCAAGCUUGACUGCAGUCACGCUGACUUGCAUAUUUAUUCCAAAACGUCAUUGUGUCCAUUUUCCAACACAAAUCUUGGAAUACUUAACUUGCGUAUCACGACAAGAAUUAGGUAAAAUACAAUCGGCCAACAUUCUGACAGCUGAUUUUGGAGCCAUGCUUUCUUCUUUCUUACAUUUUGUCGAUUCUGUGCUUAGAAGUAGAAUGAUUUGAAAAGUACCAAGGUAUCAAGAGGAAUCUUGGAAUUCUUUAUUAUAAUGAGUGAAACAAAAUACAUUAACCUGAAAUGGUUAUUCAGUGUGGCGUUUCUUCUCUACAUAAACAUUUGUAAAAUUGGACAGUGAUUGAAUACUAUCAACGAUGUAAUCCGCAUUCUUUGCUAAAUAAUGCAGACAAGCAGUUCUGUAUGCCAAUACAUACAACUUUACGUUGUAGUUUCUGAUAAUGGACAUAUUUGGUUUAUACUUGGACAAACCAAAAAUU